GCUGCCCCUGCCCCUCCGUCGCGCCGGAGCCGGGGCGCCCGAAGCCGGGGGCGCGGCCGCGCUCGCCCAGCCGGGCCGGUUGCGGGCAGGCCCUGCCCUGAAGGAGCGAAGCGGCUGGCAGCGCGGCAGGUGGAGCCGGCCCCGGCGGCCGCUGCCCGGACCCACCCGAGGGGGACCCAAGCUCCUGCCCAUGCGGGGCGCUCCCAGCUCGGAAGAGUCCCCCGGGCAGGGAGCAGCUCCAGUCAGCGACCCCGGAGGGAGAGGAAGAAGGGACAGUGCUCAGUUUGGGCGACCCGGCGCCUCCCCGCGGCGUUUGGAGUCGUGGGCUGCCCCGAAGUCUGCGCUUGGCACCGCCGCUCGGACCAGGGCGGCGCCUGCUGCGACCCCGACCCGGACCCCCUGCGCCUCGUAGGCGGCGGUGCCGCCGCGCCACCCAGCUCUUCCGCGGUCUCCCUCUGCCUGGCGGCAGUCACGGCCAAGGGAUUUCCUAUAAAUGGUUGGAGGUGGAAGUUGAGAGCAUUGCAGAAUACGACAGUUUGGGAAAGCUGGAAAUAUCAUUAAGAUGGAGAAAAGGAUGGAGUAAAAGGCUACCGGGGCUUCCAGUGUUCACAGUGAAAAUGCAUUUCACGAAAGUAUUAUGAGGGAGGCCAAGGACUUCCUGCCCCAGACAGAGAAACGGCGCUGGGAUUAGGGAUUGCCACUUCCGAAAGGAUGCUGGGAAUCUGCAGAGGGAGACGGAAAUUCCUGGCUGCUUCACUGACUCUUCUCUGCAUCCCGGCCAUCACCUGGAUUUACUUGUUUGCUGGGAGCUUUGAAGAUGGGAAGCCGGUGUCUCUGUCGCCGCUGGAGUCCCAGGCGCACAGUCCCAGGUACACGGCGUCCAGCCAGCGGGAGCGCGAGAGCCUGGAGGUGCGCGUGCGCGAGGUGGAGGCGGAGAACCGCGCCCUCCGGAGGCAGCUCAGCCUGGCCCAGGGCCGGGCCCCAGCCCAUCACCGCGGCAACCACUCCAAGACCUACUCCGUGGAGGAGGGUACCGGGGACAGCGAGAACCUCCGGGCUGGCAUCGUGGCGGGCAACAGCUCUGAGUGUGGGCAGCAGCCGGUCGUGGAGAAAUGCGAGACAAUCCAUGUUGCUAUUGUCUGUGCCGGAUAUAAUGCCAGCCGGGAUGUCGUCACUUUGGUCAAGUCCGUCCUGUUCCAUAGACGAAACCCUCUGCACUUCCACCUCAUUGCAGACUCCAUCGCAGAGCAGAUCCUGGCCACGCUCUUCCAGACCUGGAUGGUGCCCGCUGUGCGUGUAGACUUCUACAAUGCAGACGAGCUCAAGUCUGAAGUUUCCUGGAUCCCCAACAAACAUUACUCUGGGAUUUAUGGUCUGAUGAAGCUCGUCUUGACCAAGACUCUUCCUGCCAACCUGGAGAGAGUCAUUGUCCUUGACACAGAUAUCACCUUUGCAACCGACAUUGCAGAGCUGUGGGCAGUAUUCCAUAAGUUCAAAGGUCAGCAGGUCCUGGGCUUGGUAGAGAACCAGAGUGACUGGUACCUUGGAAACCUGUGGAAAAAUCACCGCCCUUGGCCAGCCCUUGGAAGGGGCUACAACACAGGGGUGAUCCUGUUGCUUCUGGAUAAGCUACGGAAGAUGAAAUGGGAGCAGAUGUGGAGGCUGACUGCAGAGAGGGAGCUCAUGGGCAUGCUGUCCACAUCCUUAGCCGACCAGGAUAUCUUCAACGCUGUCAUCAAACAAAACCCUUUCCUUGUGUAUCAGCUCCCCUGCUUCUGGAAUGUACAGCUGUCGGACCACACCCGCUCCGAGCAGUGCUACAGAGAUGUGGCUGAUCUAAAGGUCAUUCACUGGAACUCCCCCAAGAAGCUUCGGGUGAAGAACAAGCACGUGGAGUUUUUCCGCAACCUCUACCUGACCUUCCUGGAGUAUGACGGGAACCUCCUGAGGCGGGAACUAUUUGGCUGCCCCAGUGAAGCUGAUGUCAACAGUGAAAACCUGCAGAAGCAGCUCUCUGAGCUGGACGAGGACGACCUGUGUUACGAGUUCCGGCGGGAGCGUUUCACCGUCCAUCGCACCCACCUGUACUUCUUGCACUACGAGUACGAGCCUGCCGCAGACAACACGGAUGUCACCCUGGUGGCUCAGCUCUCCAUGGACAGGCUCCAGAUGCUGGAGGCCAUCUGCAAGCACUGGGAGGGGCCCAUCAGCCUGGCCCUCUACCUGUCGGAUGCCGAGGCCCAGCAGUUCCUCCGCUAUGCACAGGGCUCCGAGGUGCUCAUGAGCCGCCACAACGUGGGCUAUCACAUCGUGUACAAGGAGGGUCAGUUCUACCCCGUGAACCUGCUGCGCAACGUGGCCAUGAAGCACGUCAGCACCCCCUACAUGUUCCUGUCUGACAUCGACUUCCUGCCCAUGUACGGGCUCUAUGAGUACCUCAGGAAGUCUGUCAUCCAGCUUGACCUCGCCAACACCAAGAAAGCAAUGAUCGUCCCCGCGUUCGAGACGCUGCGCUACCGGCUCUCUUUCCCCAAGUCAAAAGCAGAGUUGCUGUCAAUGCUGGACAUGGGGACUCUGUUCACAUUCAGGUACCACGUCUGGACGAAAGGCCACGCACCCACAAAUUUCGCCAAGUGGCGGACUGCUACCACGCCUUACCGGGUUGAGUGGGAGGCCGAUUUCGAGCCAUAUGUUGUUGUGAGACGUGACUGCCCUGAGUACGACCGGAGGUUUGUGGGCUUUGGCUGGAACAAGGUGGCCCAUAUCAUGGAACUAGAUGCGCAGGAAUAUGAAUUCAUCGUGCUGCCCAACGCCUACAUGAUCCACAUGCCUCAUGCCCCCAGCUUCGACAUCACUAAGUUCCGUUCCAACAAGCAAUACCGCAUCUGUCUCAAAACCCUGAAGGAAGAGUUUCAGCAGGACAUGUCCCGCCGCUAUGGCUUUGCUGCCCUGAAAUAUCUCACGGCCGAGAACAACAGCUAGCAUCAAGAAGCCCACUACCAGGGAGAACCAUGCUGCAGGGGAGAGCUGCUCGCUGUUUGGGGCUCAGCCUUCAACCUCCAAAUGGAGCAAUGCCUUUUUGGUUUGUUUUUAUUUCUCUCUUUGGCCCAACAAAGCUGCCCUCACUACAGGGAUCUUGGACGAGUAUCCAGCCAACAUCUCUGCCCCACAACCCAGCAUUCGCGGAGUGUGGAAAAACAGCCCACCCGUGCAAGUCUCUUCAAGAAUGGGACAGAGAGGGGUGAGAGGGAGUGAAGGUGUUAUCGUCUUACCCCAGAGCCACAAAACCAAGUCAGGGCUUUAGGACGUUCCAGUUGCUUUUUAAUAAUUAUGCUCCCCAUCACAGCUGGGGAGCAAGGGAAGUCAGAGGGCUGGGAGUUAGUCAUCCCAGGAAAUAAAAAUAAAAUUGCCUCUUUAUUCAGAGGAAACUGUCUUCUUCACCCUGUGAUGUAGUUGGGUAUCCAGGGGGAGGGCAAACCAGUGAUCUGAACCGACCAUUUGGAAAUGUUGGUCGAAAUGUUCCCACGACCCAUGGGAAUGUUGUAUCUGGAAGGACUGGAGGUGGAGGUGGGGUUAAUUAGUUUUUUAUUCUCAAAGUCACUCUUGUUUUGUUUUGAUUUUUUUUUUUUUUUUUUGGUUUGGGGGAUUUUUGUUUUUGUUUUUAGUCUGGGAAUCCAAAAUAGAACAUCUGAUCCUUUAAGCCUCUAAAGGAAAAUCAGCUGCCUCAACCCGUGUCCCUCCAUCAGCAGUGGCCCAGCAAGGAGGACAAGAGUCUUCAGCCAAUAUUUGAACAUGGGCAGCUUCUUCAGGAUUGUCACCAAGGCUCCCAUGACUUUGAAUUCCCUACUCUCCAGAAUCCAGGAGCUACAGUGGGGACUGUGGAAGUAUGAGGGCCAAGUGUUUUACACUGGUCAUCUUUUCUAUUGGCAUUGACUGAUUCAUGGGGAAAGGGCUUUGAAGGAACUGUUUCAAUACAUAUGAAAGGUACGAACCUCUCAGGCCUUUAGGAGAACUUUAAUAAUUCACAGAAGCUCAAUUCUGAAAGUUCAUGUGUCCAUUUAGAGACCUGCAGGAAGAACACAAUUGGGUUUCUACAUGUUCUUGCCUGAUUCCUUGUGGACAGGGAGAGGUGACGACCUCUGUCUCCCUUUGGGACCUGUCCAAGCGUCGGCAAGCACCUUCACCGUUACACAGAUUAAGGAGACACUGGACUUUUUACCCAUUUUCUUUAAUCUUCAAUAUUAAUGUUGUGUUUACAUUGAUGAGAGCAAGAGUUAAUGCCCUACCCUCUGCUGGGCUGUUUGUAUUGAGUUGCAAUGUGACCAGCGAAAGCUGCAUUCAAUAAACGAAAGUCCAGACUGUU